GCCACAUAGGGGUGUAAAGAAGGAGACGUAAGCAGUAAGAAAAUCAAACAUGUUGGAUUGGCUACUGCCUACAUUAUUGUCUUACGGUCUUUACUCUGAUUGGCCCUUUCGCUUAACGCUUAUAUUUUAUUGCUUAACUUUUUUAAGUGGGCCAUUGCCCUCGAUUAUGUCUUUCUCAUUCUUCGCAAAUGACGACGGUGUGUAUGUGUACUUUAGCGUGAGAUACUGAAUAUCCUGUUAAUAUAUAUUAACAAAAUGGAGGCAGUUCUGAAUUUUUGGGAGAAACACAUUCUUGAAACAAUUUUAUGCGUGAAAUGGCUAUUAAUCUUUUGGAAUUAUUAUUUAGGCUUCCGCCAGAGAGCAUUACUGAAACGUCUGGUUGAUUUACCAAAAUCAGUUGAGGGUUUAAUGAGUAAGGAUGUAUAUGAUAAGGCUCGUGCAUAUGCGUUAGACAGAAAUACCUUUGGUAUUAUACAAGACGCAUAUAUUAAUAUUUAUAAUACUUUAAUCCUGGUAUUUUAUGGCUAUUACUAUUUCUGGCAAUGGAGCAUUAAAAUAGCAAAGUAUUGUGAUUUUAAUCACGAGAAUGAAAUACUGAUUAGUAUGAUAUGUAUGUUUAUUGUAGGGUUAGUUUCCCACGUAGCCAAUCUGCCAAUAGCGAUAUACGAUACUUUUGUUUUGGAACAGAAACAUGGCUUUAAUAAGCAAACAACUAUGUUUUUUAUUAAGGACGAAAUUAAGAAGUUUGUGGUGGGUCAAAUUCUGAUUUUACCUAUUCUAAAUUGUGUAAUUUGGGUUGUGCAAAAUGGUGGCGAUUAUUUCUUCUGGUACUUGUGGAUAUUAUUUGUGGUAUUAUCGUUAUUUAUCAUGAUUUUAUAUCCAGAAAUAAUCGCACCAUUAUUUGAUAAAUAUUCGCCAUUGCCUGAGGGAGAAUUAAAGCAAAAAAUCGAAGAAUUGGCAGCUUCCUUGAACUAUCCUUUGUACAAGUUAUUUAUAGUUGAAGGCUCCAAGAGAUCGUCACACAGCAAUGCCUACCUAUAUGGUUUUUAUAAAUAUAAGAGGAUAGUUCUUUUUGAUACACUCAUUAAGGAUUAUUGCAAGAAAGACGAAAGUGAUGUCGAUAAAGAGCAUGGUUGUGAAACAGAUGAAAUAUUGGCGGUACUCGCGCAUGAAUUGGGUCAUUGGAAACAUAAUCAUGCUGUGAAAGGAUUUGUGCUGAGUCAGAUAAUACUUGGAGCCAAUUUUGUUGUGUUUGCCAAACUCUUGCGAUACACACCAAUGUAUAGCGCUUUUGGUUUCACCGAUACUGAGCCCAUUCUUAUCGGUCUAUUUAUUGUAACAAUGUAUAUUUUGAUGCCACUGAAUACAAUCUUUAGUUUUAUUAGCAUAGUGAUCAGCCGAAAAUAUGAAUUUCAAGCAGAUCGUUUUGCCACGAAAUUAGGCCAUGGCGAUUCUUUAAAAGCAGCUCUUUUAAAGUUACAGAAGGAUAAUUUAGGAUUUCCUAUAUAUGAUAAAUUGUAUUCCUGUUGGAAUCAUUCACAUCCGCCUACUAUCGAACGAUUGGAAGCGGUAGACAAAACCCAAUAAGAGACGAGUUUUUUAUUCUGCGCGGUUUUCAUAACUUUGCGGUCGUAAAAAUGAGGCCUGGAGUUUACCAAUACAAAGGCAUUAAUUGUUGUUUACGUUACUUUAAACGUUGUAUUUUUCUUUUUUGUUUUAAUUCUAAUAUUCAGAGUUGAACGGAUCUAAAUAGGUCCGAGAUAAUUAUGCUUCCUGUUUAUUGUUAUAAUGUCAAUACGAUUCUGUUUUUAUUAUAGUAUCUUUCAUA